AACACAGCUUGUCUUGCUGAUCAUUACCAAGAUGUAGAAGGGUAAUCAGUGUAAUCUAUAUAUUCUGCUUUAGUUUCAUUCAACUUUUCUGAAAGACCACUACUAGACAUGCAGCUGGGUGUGCGGGUCUGUGUGGCCAUCCUGGGCCUGUUUCGCCAAGGUUGUCUCAGCAGAGCACGAAUUUUGCCCCAUUGCAGCUUCAGUUCUUUGCCCAGACAGAUGAGCAAGUGGGACAGCCAUGAGACCUGCAGCCUCCCAUCCCCACAGGACAAGCCUCGUGUCCUCAUCACAGGUGGCCUUGGGCAGUUAGGUGUGGGGCUUGCACAAAUACUGAGAAAACAGUAUGGAACAGAGAAUGUAAUCCUGACAGACAUCAAGAAGCCUGCACCUCAUGUUUUCAGUAACGGUCCAUUUGUGUAUGCUGAUGUGCUGGACUACAAACACCUCAGAGAACUAAUUGUAACUAAUGGGAUCACUUGGCUGGUCCACUACAGCGCUCUGCUUAGUGCUGUGGGUGAAGCUAAUAUGGCUUUGGCACGCAAGAUCAACAUCACAGGAUGUUCUGUUGUCCAUACAGGCCUUCAUAAUGUUCUGGACUUGGCCCUGGAGCACUGUCUGCGCUUCUUUGUCCCCAGCACUAUUGGAGCAUUUGGUCCCUCUUCUCCACGUGACCCAGCCCCUGACCUCUGUGUUCAAAGACCUCGAACCAUCUAUGGGGUGUCCAAAGUGCAUGGAGAACUGAUGGGGGAGUAUCUCCAUCAUAAAUAUGGCCUGGACUUCCGCUGCCUACGUUACCCAGGUGUGAUAUCAGUCAACACACCUCCUGGAGGUGGGACAACAGACUACGCAGUUCAGAUCUUCCAUGACGCUCUCAGCACAGGUCACCAUGAGUGCUACCUGCGACCUGACACUCGUCUUCCCAUGAUGCAUAUCUCUGACUGCCACCGCGCCACAGUAGAGUUCAUGCAGACUCCAGAAAGCCAGCUAUCCCUGCGUACCUACAACAUUGCUGCCAUGAGCUUCACUCCAGAUGAGUUGGCCCAAGAGAUACAGAAACAUCUCCCUCACCUCAAGGUCACCUACAGUCUUGAUCCUGUCCGCCAGACCAUCGCAGACAGCUGGCCCAUGAGGUUCGAUGACACCAAUGCCAGGAGAGACUGGGGCUGGGCACCAGCCUUCGGGCUUGAAGAGCUGGUAGCAGAUAUGCUACGCUCCAUUGAAGACAUGAGGGUCAGCCAGGGUUUGCCAGUCAACUAGUGAAACCUGCUCCACAAAGCUUGACCAGUGCCCUACCCCUGACUAACAAUAUGUCUACGUUCGCUUCACUUUCACAAGUUGUCAACCACUAUUCUGUGUUCCUCUGUGAAGUUGUAAAGUGGGAGCUCUCAGUCAGAACCUUUCAGUGGACAGUAAGACAACAUACACAUAUGACACAUGACAUAACAUUUUUUUUCUGGCAGUUUUAUAAGGCAGGCUUAUAAUAUAGUCUGUUAAGUGAAAAUCACACACUGUAUACAACUCUUUGGCUUCUGACAGGAAGUCUCUAUUUUACUUUUCUGCCAGCAGUGUGAGUUUUGGUUAUGAGUACCAUUAACCAACAAAGCCUUUUUUAUCUGUAUGUUACUUUGGAAAACAAUAUAGAAAAAAUGCAGUGCACUUUGAAUCAGACUUUGAAUAAUAAAAAUGUUAU